GCUUUCUUGGUUGGGUUGUGUUGUUUAUUACUGCGCUGGUGUAGUUCGCGUGUGUUUUAAAUGAAAUAUGUUCCAACUUGCCAAUAAAUUAAUUAGUGUAUAACAAAAAUCACCAACCACAGGGACCAGGAAUAAUUUUAUCUCAAAAUGGCUAAGAGGUUAACCGAAGAAAUGGUUAUUGCCAGAACCAAAAUAUCAGAUCUUUCCAAAAUAAAAAGAUUGAAUUGUUGGGGUAGUGAACUCGUUGAUGUUUCCCUUUUAAGGAAAAUGCCAUGUGUUGAAGUUCUAUCAUUAAGUAUCAAUAAAAUAAACAGCCUGGUGGAUUUUCAGUUCUGUAAGAAACUAGAAGAAUUAUACAUCAGACAAAAUGACAUUCGAGACCUCAACGAAGUAAUGUAUUUGCAGAACCUACAGAACUUAAAAAAUUUAUGGUUAGGAGAAAACCCAUGUGCCAAUAUAGAAGGAUAUCGAUUAUCGGUAAUAAAGGCAUUACCGCAGUUGCAAAAGCUAGAUAAUGUCCAGAUAUCCCAGGAUGAACAACGGGAAGCUCAGAGAAAAGCCAAAAAUUUGUAUCAUCCAGAAGAAGAACAGGAUGUAAGUGAGGAAGAAGAGUACGUAGCUCCCACCCCAUCGCAGCAGUACAACAGGUAUCAGGAGUAUCCAGAGCAAGAAUACAGCCCUCCCGUUCAAAGAAGUCCUCCCCGACAAGAGACGGAAUAUGAAUUGGAGGAAAGUGAAGACCUUUAUCCUAGAGAAGACGUCUCGGAAGAAAGUAGAGAAUACUCACCACCACGACAAGCUAGCCCGCCAAGAAGGACAGAACCAGUGAAAAGAAACUACACACCAGAACCUGAGUACAUAGAUAGAAGGAGAAACAGCUACGAAAGAGAAUCUCCGAAACAAACACAGUAUUACGAUAAGUCGCCAACAACUAACAACUCAUUUGAGGAAACGCAGUCAUAUGAUACUACUACAACUUACCGAGAAUCAAAAAUCGUUAACAGUCAGUCAGCUAGUUGCAUUAAGGAGUACACAAAUGGUGACAGAUAUGUGCAACAACAGACCCACAGUAGCGGUGAAAUUUUAGUCUUGCAGGGUCAUGAGAAGAGGGAAAGAUAUACCUGUCCCGCGGCUGCCCACAGGCCGCCCUUUAAUAGGAGACCCGUAACAAGGAAUUCGAACAUACUUUCUGCGGUACUGUGUCUUGUGAAGGAGCUGGACUAUCCGAGUCUAGAAGUCGUAGAGAUGGCUGUAAGGUGUAGAAUGGAUGAACUGGACGAAUGACCCAAAGACAAGCCCACUAAAAGCGAUUGCGGUGCACAAGAGAUUAACGAGUAGCUUUAACAAGUACAGUCUGAAAAUUACCUUACCCAUCUUCUAGUAUUAAUCUGUGUUAAGUUUUACUCUUUAAUUUAUUCUCACUAGUACUUUCCACGUUUACCUCUUAAUUGACUGGUGAUUUUGUACCUUAAUAUAUUUUAUUUUUUUAGAAUCUAUAAAUUCGUUGUAACAAUCGUUUAUUAAAGUAAUGUAGAAGGUUAGAAUUUAAUUAUGAAGUGAUUAUAAAAGGCAGAACGUAAUAGUUUAACACUACUGUUUACAUUUGCAAAUGCUCAUCAACAUUUGUGCAUACUGUAAAUAAUACUGCCGCGAUAUGUUAGAGUAGUUUUUACACGUUAAUAUUUACUAAAAGUGGAAAUACUUAGAGUGUAAGGGAUGCCAAGAUGUAGCUCUAAUUGUAUAACAUACACAAUAAUCGUAUUUAUGCAGUGAUCAGUCUCCAUUUAAGUAUAAAAUUUAUAGAUGUGAAAUUAUGAAUUACUAGUAUUAAAGGUUUUUCACCAUUGUGUAAAGUCCAAUUGUCUACACGGGGAUAGAGUUUAAUAUACAAAGUGAUUCAGAACUUAUCCAAAAAAAAAAAAAAAA